GGCGUCGACGUCUUCCCACGGCAUGCUGACCCUGGACCUGGUCGCCGAGGAGGACGAUGGCGACCCACGGGAAUCCUCCUGGGAGGACUUCCUGCUGCGGGGGGGUUCGUGUGGACAGGUGGCGGCGGUCGGGUCUCCGGGGGUCGGAGGUCGUCAGCGAGCCGGCACCGACGUGUCGAAGCUGCGGGCCGCGUCCAAGGAGCCCAAGGUGAAGACCAGCAGUCUGCCCAGGGGGAGUGAGCUGUCCUGGGGGAGACAGUCACACCUGGAGGCCCCCAAGGGACACAACACCCAGCAGUCUCUUACGCCGCCGGCGGGGACGAGGAUCAGAACGGGACGGAGUCGCUGCGCCUCCAUGGACGAAGUCCUGUCCUCCAGACCGGCGAUGAUUCGCUCCGAGUUUCGCUCUGCUCUGCGGCGCUGCCCGACCGAGGAGGAGGCUUGGGGGGGCGGGGCCCCGGUGCAGCCAGGAGGGGGCGGGGCCCCGGUGCAGCGAGGAGGGGGCGGGGCCCCGGUGCAGCUGCAGAGCCUCAUCGCCCAGAGGAUGCAGAGAGCCCAGGAGCUGCUGGAGGAGAUGAGACUGCAGGAGUUGCAGAAGGCCCCGUACCUGAAGGCCAUCGACUCUCCUCGGCUCCACCACCUCAG